CGGAGGCUAUUACUGGUGGGACCGAGAAAAAAACCCACGUGAACGGUGUUGUAUUGUGACAGCUGAUAUUAGAAGAAGAACUCAAAAUGACAAGGUGGGCCCGUGCUAACAACAUUCACAAAUGCAAGCCGGCAGAUGCCACACCGUGGAAACAGCUCAAGGCAAGUGGGAAUACAGAACGACCAGGUUCAAGCGCUGGUGGCCAAGCCAGUACACAUGACAGAGCCUCAAAAGCUCCGCUGCACAUCCAGAAGGGACAAGGCAUAAAGAAACCUAACGAAAAGAAACAAGAACAUGAAACUGAAGAUGUGAAUGGGUUUCUGGAGUAUCUGAAGCAGACAGGUCAGACUCUUCAGAAAGGGCCACCUGGAAAGUACGAUGACCUGAGGGAAGAAGUGGCGGUAGCGUUGAAGAAAGAUGAAAGACGAGAAAACCGAAGGAUAAAGAGACAGAACACUAAAACGAGCAAUAUGAUCUGUUUCAACUGCAGGAAGCCAGGUCACGGGCUUUCCGACUGCCCAGAGGCAGAUAAUGAUGCGGAGAUGGGUCGGGGGAUUUGUUAUCGGUGCGGUUCUACAGAACAUGAACUCCACAAAUGUCGUGCUAAAGUGGAUCCUGCCAUGGGUGAAUACCCAUAUGCCAAGUGUUUUAUUUGUGGUCAGACGGGUCAUUUGUCCAAAUCCUGUCCUGAUAACCCAAAGGGAAUGUACGCUGCUGGAGGUUGCUGUCGAGUGUGUGGCUCAGUGGAACACUUUCAGAAAGACUGUCCCGAGCAUCAGAUGUCAACCAAUUCCAUCACCCUCGGACGGAUAUCCAACAGGAUCAGUGCUGACCACGAAGACGUCCAUGUGCCUAAGAAGAAAGUGCAGCCCAAAAAAGACAAGGUGGUGGUAUUCUAAAAGUCCCCUGUCCCGUGGGUGUCCUUCUCUAAACAUGGACUGUCCGCCAUUAAUUGUUUCAGAAGAAACAAGAAUGACUUGAGACUUGUUAAGAUACUCAUGAUGUAUGUGCCUGAAACAUGUGGAUUUUACAUAUGGGUCAGAUACAGUAUCAUUUUAAUCCUGCUAUGAGAGGGACUUGUAUACGAGCAAGAAAGGAGACAAAUAAAUUACAUUU